ACCUACUUGUUGGUUCUGCGCGGUCAUUUGCAAUGGAGGGCGCUGACGUGAUUGAGUCGCCGCGCAAGCGGAUCAAGACUGACAACACUCCCACCACGGACGAGGCUGUCCUCCCCCAGUCCGGUGAACCAGUUGCGGAACCCGUCGCCGCGCCAAUUUCGGCCGAUGAUGCGCAGGCUCGCAGAGAAGUCGAGGUUGGAAUUACCGGCUAUGUCAGCGCGGACAACGAAGGGUUUUCCGGUAUCUUGAAGAAGAGAUAUACCGAUUUCCUUGUAAACGAGAUCGUGCCGUCCGGCGAAGUGUUGCAUCUACAGAACGUUCCCGCUCAAGAGACUUCCAGAGAUAAGCAGAAGAAGGAAAACCCAGGCCAGCAGUCCUCGGAGAAGCCGGUCGAAAAGCCACAACAGGAGGAAACUCAAACUACCACCGAGAAAGAUGCAGCACCGACCACUGAGACCCCUGUCGUUGAAUUCCAGAUUUCGGACGAAGAUAACGCGCUUCUCGAGUCCCUCUUUGGCGAAGAAUCUACCAAGAUGAUUUUGGCGCUGAACAAACGCGCUCUCGAAAAUCCGAAGUCGCGCCCAAGUGACUUUAGCAAGAUCGCUACCGUCGUGGUCACCGAUCGCGAUUUGCGCAUCAAAAUGCACCAGGCGAUCCGUCGCAUCUUCAACUCCCAGCUCGAGUCUCAGACCGACAGCGAAGGCAUGAUGAAUAUCUCGGUUGCGCCAAACCGAAACAACAAGAAGGCACAGGGUGGACGUGGUAAUGGCAACGGCCCGCGUGUUCCGAUCAAUUGGGAUGAGCUGGGUGGACCGUACCUGCACUUCACCAUCUACAAGGAGAAUAAGGAUACUAUGGAGAUUCUCAACUUCAUCGGGCGGCAGCUUAAGGUCAAUUCGAAGACUUUCCAAUUCGCAGGAACCAAGGACCGACGCGGUGUGACAGUCCAAAGAGCAUGCGCAUACCGGGUGCAGGCUGAGCGACUUGCAAAGCUCAACCCAACUCUCCGCAACGCAGUCCUCGGUGAUUUCGAGUAUCGCAAGUACGGCCUCGACCUGGGCGAUCUUAACGGCAACGAGUUCGUCAUCACUCUCCGCGACUGCGAGAUCCCCGGUGUCGUCGACCUUCAGGACCGCGAAGCCGCCAUCGCCAAGUCCACUGGCCUUGUCAAGACUGCUUUACACAACCUCCGCGAAAGGGGAUACUUCAACUACUUUGGUCUGCAACGUUUCGGAACCUUUGCCACUCGUACAGACACCGUCGGCGUCAUGAUGCUCCAGGGCGAUUUCAAGGGCGCCUGUGAUGCUAUCCUCCACUACAGCCCACACACGCUAGCCGCCGCACAGGAGGGAGACGCCGCCACCGCUCUGAUCAGCUCAGACGACCGCGCCCGCUCCGAAGCGAUUCAUCUCUGGACGACGACCGCCAAUGCCGGCAAGGCGCUCGAGAAACUGCCUCGUAAAUUCUCCGCCGAGGCGAACAUCAUGCGCCAACUAGGCCGCUCGAAGGCUGACUACCUCGGCGCCCUACAAGCCGUCCCGCGCAACCUGCGCCUGAUGUACGUUCACGCCUACCAAUCUCUAGUCUGGAACUUCGCUGCGACCGAACGCUGGCGGCUGUAUGGUGACAAGGUCGUCGAGGGCGACCUCGUUCUGAUCCACGAGCACAUCAACAAAGACUCCUCCGGCGGCCCCAACGCCACCGGCGCUUCCGAUGCCGCGACUACCGAACCGGCCGAAACUGUUGACGCCGAUGGCGAAGUCAUCAUCACUCCCGACGCGACAGGCGAUAGCGCCUACGUGGCCGAGGGCAUCACACGCGCCCGCGCCCUUACCGCGGAGGAAGCCGCCAGCGGCAAGUACAAUAUCUUCGAUGUCGUCCUGACGCUGCCCGGCUACGAUGUGCUGUACCCGGCCAACGCCAUGACGGAUUUCUACAAGGAGUUUAUGGGCAGCGAGCAGGGCGGUGGGCUUGAUCCCUUCGAUAUGCGUCGCAAGUGGAAGGAUGUGAGUCUGACGGGCGGGUAUCGCAAGUUGUUGAACCGCAUGGGGCCGGACUAUUCGGUCGAUGUCAAGGUCUACGAGAAGGAUGACGAGCAGUUCGUGGCGACCGAUCUAGAAAGACUCCGGGGUUCGGACAAGAACGGUGCUGGUGUUGAAGACGAGGAGAUGAAGGAGGCGCCUACUGCUCAGGAGCCGGAGAAGCGUAAGCUAGCCGUAGUGCUCAAGUUCCAGCUUGGGUCGAGCCAAUAUGCUACCAUGGCGUUGAGGGAGUUGACGAGAGGAAAAGUCAAGGCUUAUACACCGGAUUAUGGAAAAGGACGAUGAUCAUGUAUAGAUAUAAAAGUUAGUGUAUAUACCAGUUGCAGUUGCAAUGCCAUAUAGAG